AUUUGCGCGUGCGCAGCAACAGCCGGUUUUUAAAUGGCCGACUAACAAUGAUACUGUGUCGGAAUUAAGAAAAAAACGAGUCUACGAAUUUCACGCGAUCGUGCGAUCAGAGGCGUACAAGGGAAACAGACGUUUUGAGUGUUAAGAGCGUAAUAGAAAUAUAGGAAAAAUGAACGGUGAAACGAUGUACACAUUGAAACCUUUGAUCGCAUCGAAUCUCAUGACGACAAAUAAAAAUAAUUGUAUGUACGAGAUGAAAAAUAUUCAUGAAAUAUGUUCGGGCGACAACCAUGCGUCCAAAUUUUGCAACAACGUCACGGAUAUACCAGAGCAGGUUAUCAACUUUUUAAAGAAUCCUCUGCCAGAAGUUGCGGUUCUCGAAGCAAGACAAGGAAAGAUUUUGGCUCAGUUGGCUCAGCUCAAAGAAACAGUUUUGUGUCUUUGCAAUGUUCUCAAAUUUCAAAAAGCACAAAAUCCAACUGUUGUUAAUUUGAUUAUUAAAGCAAAUCCAGAAAAGCCCUGUUGGACAAUCCUGGGACUCCACAAAAUAUGGCUUGGUGUGAAUUUUAAUAUCAAAUCUUAUAGACAUUCGGAUACUCGAGGAACGAUUCCUGAAUUCACAGUACGUGGUAAAAGGGCAUUUCACGACACUGUGAAUGUUACUUUGAUAUGGAAAAAUGUCGAGGAUACCGAAAUAAUUCUUCCAGGAGUUCACAGUUACCCACUGGUAGGCGAAUCGAAUUUGCUUCGUUAUUUGGAGCGACAACUGUCGACAGUAAAUAGUGAAAAAUUGGCAAACAAAAAAGAGUUCAGCAGGACCGACAAUCUUUUGGAUUUGUCAUAUCGUUUGAACUACGAUUCGCCAAAAGAAAUGCAAUCGACGUUGUCAGAGUUGAGUGAAAAAUUGGGUAAUAGAAAUUGGUUCUCGACUGGAGAACGACCAGGAACCGUUGACGUAGCCCUUUGGUCUGCGGUAAAGCGAACGUCAUUGAAAAAAAUUCAUUCUGGUCUGACUUCUUGGUUCGAACGAUGUGAAAAUACUUUUUUGAAAUAAUUUAAACACUGUUGUUUUCGUUUUGUCAUAAAAUUUCGUAAAUUUUUAUUAAAUGGAUAACGUGUAUCGAAAAAAACACCUCUUUCUAUUUUGAGUGUAUAAAUGCAACCUCCGAUCUGGUUACUCUGCAGAAUACCGUUUUCCUCUUCCUGCUUCGUAUAUUGCCUACGUAGUUAUACUAGUUUUAAACAAUGCGAUGAAAAAAAAAAAAAAAAAAAAAAAAAACGAAUUUGAACUAAAAGGGAUUGAUUGGCAGUGUUUUAUGGGCUAUCACUCAUGUGACUUCCGUGGUACUAUAUUGUAAUGUAUAUACGCAAAUACAUUUAAAUACUUGUAAGUUUGCAUUUGAAGUGUCUUCGAGAUGGACAAAAUCUCAUUUCACAUUAACAAUCAAUUCAUUUAUCGAUAUUAAUUUUUCCUAGUUGAACAUCGAAAACUCCACAUGAGACUCCUAGUUGAGAGUUUUUUUUUUUCCCCCAACAGUUAUAGAAAUAUUCUCAACUACAUUUACGCUUUGGGAAAUUGAGUUUCAUCCAUCUCUCAUGAUUUACAGCGCUGCACAGUAUUUUGCUUUUCGUGUUCUUAACGAGAUAAUUAUAUCUGCAUCUUUAUGAAAUGAGAUUUCAUAAUUAUAAACGAUUGCCACGUUUCAGACUAAUUCAGAGAUGUGUAGAUAUAAAAAUUUCGUUCGAAGAAAAACGAGUUUUAUUAUUUAUUAUCGAUUUCUAAAUGAUUUUGAAAAAUAAUGCAGGGAUUUAAGCACAUUCGUUCAGAUCUGUUGGAAAUAAGUUUUUGCUCAUCUCUGAUAUGUAGUACUGCCUAAAGUAAAAAAAAGCCGAUGGAAUUGCUCGUUCAUAAUGGUAGAAAAAUUGUAGGACUUAUUGAAUCGCUCAUUAUCGAUAAAUGUUCUUUGACAUUUUUAUCGGUGUAUAAAAUUGUUUCCGUGUCUUUGUAAAACAUUGGAUAUUCAAGUAAUACAA